UUAGCAACUUAGCGUUAAAGACCACCAAAGACUUCUCUCAAGUCCUCUGCGCCGGAAACCGCCGUGACGAGAUUGGAGAGGGAGAGAGAGGAGAGAUAAUGGAGCGAAAUAGCGUUAAAUUUCAUGCAGAGAAGAGAUCCGGAGCGUUUGAUCCAGGUUCAGGAUUCGGAUCUUCCAAGAGGGUCAAAACGCAUCACACGCAGCUGCUCUCAGCUCUGGUUGUGCCGGUGGGACACGCGGCGUUUAGAUUGCUCUGCCCUUUAUCACACGUCGGUGCGGUGAUUGGAAAAUCUGGAAACGUAAUCAAACAGCUCCAACAAUCAACCGGAGCUAAGAUACGGGUCGAGGAGCCUCCGUCUGGGUCUCCGGAUCGGGUCAUCACGAUAAUCGCACAAGCAGAUUCGAAAUCAAGGGUGAAAUUGGGUGCUAAUAACAAUGGCAAUGCAGAAGGAGAGAAAAAGGAGGAGGAAGUUGAGGUAUCUAAAGCACAAGGAGCGUUGAUUAAGGUAUUCGAGCUUUUAGCGGCGGAAGCUGAUAGUGAUACGGUCGUGUGCCGAUUGUUGACGGAGUCUAGCCAUGCCGGUGCUGUGAUAGGCAAAGGUGGUCAAAUGGUUGGGAGUAUUAGGAAAGAAACUGGCUGCAAAAUUUCUAUACGGAUUGAGAAUUUGCCGAUUUGCGCUGAUACUGAUGACGAGAUGGUGGAGGUUGAAGGAAAUGCUAUCGCUGUAAAGAAAGCUCUUGUGUCUAUCUCCCGCUGCUUGCAAAAUUGUCAAUCGAUUGACAAGGUAAGGAUGGUUGGAAACAGACCUCUCGAAAAAGAGUUCCAAGCAUCUUUGCAUAGGCCUAUAGAGACAAUAAUUCAGGAGUCACUUCCUAGGUCCGUUGAAGUUAACCCUUACGAUUAUAGGCUGAGAAACGACGAGAUAUUUCCCCGGGGCACUGUAGCUCGGGCUAAUGAUGUGAUUCCUCAUGAUACUUUGCAUCUUAGGCGUAUCGAGGCGGUUCCCCAGGGUGCUUUACGCAUGCAUAUUGAGGCAGACCGGCAAGAUGUUUUACGCAGGCAUGUUGAGGCGGACCGGCAAGAUGCUUUACGCAGGCGUAUUGAUGUAGUUCCUCAAGAAACGUUAUACAUGCCUUCUGAUGUUCUCAGGGGAGAUUGUUUUCGACAGCAUAGAGAGAGGGAUGAUUCUCAUGAUUCCUUGCAUAGACCUUUCGAAAUGGUUCCACGUGAUGCUAUGGGCAUGCCUUUUGAGUCGUUUCCACGUGAUGCUUACGGAAGGCCUAUUGAAACAAUGACACAAGAAACUCUUCGUGGGCAAAGUGCAGAUUAUCUUGCACAUCGUUAUUCGACUUUAGACACACAUCCUCACAGCUUCACUACGUCUGCUUCAAUGGCUAACACUGCCACCAUGAAGCCACCUCCAUCAGAAGUGGAAGUAGGGAACCAAGAUGUGGUUUUUAAGAUACUUUGUUCCACUGAGAAUGCUGGCGGAGUUAUCGGGACUGGAGGUAAAGUUGUCAGGAUGCUUCAUAGCGAAACAGGUGCCUUCAUAAAUGUGGGAAAUACACUUGAUGAUUGUGAAGAACGUCUGAUUGCAGUAACUGCAUCAGAGAACCCUGAAUGUCAAAGCUCGCCAGCCCAGAAAGCGAUUAUGCUUAUUUUUUCAAGAUUAUUUGAGCUUGCCACUAACAAAAUCCUAGAUAAUGGCCCAAGGUCAUCUAUCACUGCACGGCUUGUUGUCCCAACAAGUCAGAUUGGUUGUGUGCUGGGAAAAGGAGGUGUUAUUGUUUCGGAAAUGCGGAAAACCACUGGGGCUGCAAUUCAAAUUUUGAAGGUUGAGCAGAACCCAAAAUGUAUUUCAGAGAAUGAUCAAGUUGUGCAGAUUACAGGAGAGUUCCCUAAUGUGAGAGAAGCCAUUUUCCAUAUUACAAGCAGGCUGCGAGACAGUGUUUUCUCCAACUCAAUGAAAAAUUCCUUAGCCAAGAGCAGCUCCGCCUUAACUACUGAGAGAUUCUACGACAGACAAUCAGACAAUCCUCUGUCUAUUGGGUCUCAUCAAUCCGUUAGUAAUCCAGCUACCAACUCCUCAAGUCUGCACAGAAGAUCUGAGGAUUCCUUUUUAAGUGGGUCUCAUUCAUCAGUUAACUAUUCCAGAUCAGUUGGCACAGAUCCUUACAUAAGACCAGAAGACCCAUUUCCUGAUAGGUUUAAUCCCUCAGCAGGCUAUUCUCAUAAUUUUGGUCGGCGGUUUACCAUGGACCACAGUGAUAACUCCCAUCACUUAACUGAGGCCCCAUCUCGUUUGUGGGCGUCCCCGCCUCCAGCAGCUCCAAGAGGCUUAUCUGAUGCCAGUGGCGGAUUAUCUUCUGCAAGGGCUGGCCAUGUACUUGGCAGUGGACACAAAUCUGCCAUCGUUACAAACACUACCGUGGAAAUUAGAGUUCCAGCUAAUGCUAUGAGCUUUGUGUAUGGAGAGCAGGGUUACAAUCUGGAACAACUGAGACAGGUAAGCCAUUUUUUGUUUACAAAUCUUUUAUUGGUUUUCCCCAUAGCGUCAUCCAAAAGAGGUUAGGCCAUGAUUAAUUGCUCCACAAGAGCAGCCAUAGGUUUUGGUUUCCAUUGGCUGCUCUUAUACGUAAGUGAACUCUAGGGUUACUAAAAACGGAAGUGAACUCUAGGGUUACUAAAAAGAAAGCAUGAGAAAAUAAAAUUCAUAUACGUAAAGUCUUAUACAUGGUGCAAACAAUCGUGCUACCAUUAAUCUAAGUCAAUAGGAGUCUAGGACUAUUCUCAACGAUGUAUAACUUUACUCAAAAAAAACUGUUUUAAGUCACGAAAACUCCAUCUUCGUUGAAGUACUCAACGUUUGUUCCAUUAUUCAGUGUUACAGUCGUUGUUUAAAAACAGAAUUUUCAUCUAGCCCCAUCAGUCUGAAAUAAUCAUCUACAGACCAAAUAAUUAGUGUCAUAAAGAUGAAGUAGCACCCCGUUGGUUGACUUAAACGGCUUAAGCAUAGCUUAUACCAUUUGAUGCUUGUUUACUCAGAUAUCGGGUGCAAGGGUCAUAAUCCAUGAACCUCCUCUAGGAACAAGUGACAGGAUCAUUGUCAUAUCUGGAACACCUGAUCAAACCCAGGCUGCCCAAAACCUUCUUCAUGCCUUCAUCCUUACAGGUGAAACCUCAUUGUCCAAAAAAUACAACCUAAACUAGAACCACACACUUAUAACCAUACAGAAAACAAAAAAAAGGAAACGAGCUCUCACAUGUUUCUUGUCCCUUUUAUUUAAUCUCCCUUUUUUUUUGUUGAUUUGGAUCUUUUGAACUCUUGUACAAUAUCUUUUUCGUUUUAAGUACUUUGAAGGAAUCAGUUUGAUGUCUUGCCUAAAAUUUUCUUCUUUUAUCCCACAUUAUUACGCAUGGAACUGAGAUUUGAUUGACAGUAUAUAGAGGGACAGUCAUUGUCAUAAAAUGUUCGGUACUAGAUGUUUACAAAAGGAAAACUUGAUAACAACGGGUCAAUAUGUUGGCUGCUUUGGAUUGCUAAAACCUGCUUGCACAAUUUCUUUGUAGACUGCCUUUUUUCCAGCUUUUGUCACCUUCUUUAGCUAUGAAAAUCAAAUGGUAGAAAAUUUAUAGGAAUUUUACUCUAUAAGUUCCAGAAUCAAAGUUGUUUGACAAAAAAAAAAGAAAAAAAAAAAAAAAAAAAGUUCCAAAAUCAAAGCCUGAAAAUUGUUACCGUCAACAGAGUUUCACUGAUGGUUUUGUAAACCCCUUCAUUUUAUAGCUUUCACAAUCUCAGAACAUUUGUUCUUUCUGUAGCAAAACUACACUACAAACUUUAUCAGAGAUUCUAUACACAUUUGAUAUACCAUACUCGCUAUCAGUAAUCAAAUCAAUAGUAAUGCAAAAUUAAGAUUCAUGCGUAAAAAUAGUGCAAAAGCGAAAAAAACUAUGAAAUUUGAGUCUAUAGAAGAGGGUCUUGCGAGGUUGAAUAAUAUUCGUAUAUAUUUGUACAUUACGUUUGUUCGUUAUCAUCCAAAGAUGAAGAAGAUCUUCCUUGGAGUUAACUUCCUCAGAAUCAGAUGUGGAGCUUUUGUACUAUAAACAUCAAACCCCCAGCCAUUCAUUCCACUUUUUUUUUACAAAUUACAAGUAUGUAAAAGAUAUUUUUCUUAUAAUUUUUUGUUGACUAAUUUUUUAUAUAUAUAAUUUCGCUAGUGUAAAGGUACUUUGAAAUAUGAAUUUCCUCGAUGUCGAAAGUUAUGUUUGAUCGUUGAAUUUGAUGCGAAAAAGACGAGGAAGAAUGAUUUGAGGGAUAAGUAACAAAAGUCAGAUAUUUUGGGCUUUUCUAGAAUCUUAUGUUUGGGCCCAAAUUAAAUAACGGAUGAUUUAAUGGAUAAGUAAG